AUGCGCUCUCUGGACACCUCCAUCGUCGAAUUCCCCAAAUCGACGCGUCAGCGCGUGCCCGAAGACCACGCGUUGGACGCGCAGAUGGGUACGUCUCUGCAUCUGAUUUUCCUUCUCUCGCAGCAACGUAAUGUCCCCCAGAAGUAUCAUCUUUCCGAUGUCAGCAUCGACAAGGCAUGGCAAUCCCUCGAGCUAUGUAAAAGCCACGCUACAGCCUGUAUCGGCAUCUUGAGUCAAUCCAUGCGUAUAGGAGCAAAUGGGGUCCACGCGAGCGCGGACACGGGCGAUGCUCCAUCAAGUGCCUCUGGAAAGCGAAGGCCCGAGCCACGGAAAAGCUGUUCAUGCUCCUCUCCCUCCCUCCUCGCCGCGGGUGGUGAGGACCACAUCAUCACGGUCUGGGACAUGGCGACGAAGAAGGAGGUCGCUCGGUUUCUCGGGCACACCGACAACGUGAAAUACCUCUCCUUCUCCCACGACAAUAGGCAUAUCGUGUCUGCAUCCGCUGAUGGUUCUGUGUGCAAAUGGGAGCUGCCAGCCCUGGCGACGACGACAGCUUAG